UGUACCUGAAAUUAAUUUGUAGUACUCCAAACAUAAAAAAAGUACACAAUUUUGAAAUUACUCCAUUAUUAAGUCCAAUAAAAACACAAAUUCAAGAAGAAAGUUAUAAUUUGCUAAUUGAUUCAUAUAAUGAUGGAGAUGGUAUAAUGAAUAAACGAAACAUAGAAAAAAAUAAUAUUUUUCCAUAUAACAAACAAAGAGCGUUAUUACCAAGAAAAUUAGAACUCAGCGGUUUUGAAAUUUUGAACACUACACAACAAAUAUUAUCUAGUGUACAAAGUGAAGACACACAAAAACUGAAUUAUUCAAACAAUGUACAGAGUGAUGUAUAUUUUAUUAGCAGGGAUCCUAAACAUUUUCAAUACAAUAAUUAUAUUUCAAAAUCAAACAUGAGUAGUUGUGAAGUAAGCAACAUUGCUAGUGAAGAAUCAUAUGACAGGAAAGAAAUUAAAAUUAACAAUACAAAUACAACUUCAGUUUAUUUUGAAGACUAUUUGAAAAAAGUAGAACACCAAGUACCAGAUUUAAAGAAACCAUCAAUACUAUUUAAAGAAAAAAGUAGUACGGUAGUAAUAAAACAAAGUUUUAGCGGAAAGCUUAAAAAAAAUACUUCACUUUUCAAAAAGAAUAGGUUAGUAAGAGAAUCAAAAACAAGUCCAUCAAUUAAUAUAAAAACAUCAAAUCCAAAACAAACUAAAUACAAUACCCAGAAAUCCACUUCAGAAUCAUGGACUAGGAUAAGUGAAACUUUUAAUGAAAUUUCAUUUUCUGAUUUUGAUAAGACAUCACACACAGAAACAAAAAUUAAACAUAAACAAAGUAAAAACAUACAUCAUAAUGAAAUAGAACAAGAUUCAAGUUUUGAGUAUUAUUAUACAGGGGAAAAAAAUGUGAAUAGUUGGAAUGUGGAAUCACAGAAUAAUAACAGAGAACAGUCUAGCAUCUUAAGUAUUAAUUCUUCCUCAAAAGUCUCUAAUGAACUUAAUAAUUAUGAAGAUCGGAAAAUAUAUGAGGGGAGUAUGUCUCAUUCAAGUUUCCCUACAUUUAGUGACACUAGCAUUUUUUCAUCAAAUUCAAUAUUGGAUUCCAAUAAACUAGUUUCCAUUCAACAGAAAUUUAUAAGUUGGUCACAAGACAGUUCCAAUGCAAUUCAUUAUGAAGAAAACUACACAAAGCAAAAAAAUGGCACUGUAAUAUUUAACAACACACACUCCGAGGAGAUACAAUUUACAUCAAAAGAAAAUAUAACCAUGAAUUUUUCAUCAAUAAACACAUCAAUAUCUUCUACAGCAGAUACUCUGGAAUACAUAUCAAAUUUUAAUGUAAGUGUAAAAUAUAUUAUAAUUUUUUUUUUCAAUAUUAUUUAUCUGAUUAUAAAAAAAAAAUUUUAGGACCACUCGGAAUAAAAAUAUAAGACACAGUAAUCAUGAUAGAAAGUAUAACGGUCACAUUUAUAAUAGUAGAAACUAGAAAGUAUAAUUUAUUUUUCUUUUAUUAACAAAUAAAAAUUUGUACUACAUGAUAUAU